UGGUGCCAGUGGCCCGCUCCCGCGGUCGCGCACCCGGCACCUGCGGGUCCUGUGUCCUGGAGCGGGCGCCCCUGGUUCCGGCGGGGCCCGGGAGGGCCAUGGUUCUCCUACCCCGGCCCCCUGCGACCCACUUGGUGCGGUUAUUUUUCCUGGGGCUAAGCACCCUCGCAUUCCCCUCCUGGGCCCAGCUGCAGCUGCACGUGCCAUUUGGCCUCACCAAGUUGCAGGUGGUGGAAGGAGGAGACGUGGUGCUCCCGACGUGGUACACCCUGCAUGUGGAGGAGACUUCCUCCCAGUCGGGGGAAGUGCUCUCUGCGAUUUGGUACUUGCAGCAGAAAGGGAAGGAUCAGGAACAGCAGGUGUUGGCGUAUAUCCGUGGGGCCACCGUAAGCAAAUCUGGAGUAUCCCUGGUCCACUCCAUGCCCUCCCAGAACAUAUCCCUGAAGCUGCAGGGCCUCCGAGAGAGAGAUUCCGGGUCCUACUAUUGUUCUGUGAAUGUGCGAGACAGUGAAGGCAAAGCCCACCACCGCAACAGUCAAACUUUAGAACUCAAUGUGCUGGUUCCUCCAGCUCCUCCAUCCUGCCAUGUCCUGGGUGUGCCCCAUGUGGGGACCAAUGUGACCCUGAGCUGCCGGUCCCCAAGGAGUAAGCCUACUGCCCAAUACCAGUGGAAGCGAGCACCACCAUCCUCCCAGGUUUUCUUUCCACCAGUGUUAGAUGCCUUCCGGGGGUCUUUAAACCUCACAAACCUUUCCACUUCCAUGUCUGGAGUCUAUAUCUGCAAGGCCCACAAUGAUGUGGGGAGUGCCCAGUGCAAUGUGACCCUGGAAGUGAGCACAGGGCCUGGAGCUGCAGUGGUUGCUGGAGCUGUUGUGGGCACCCUGCUUGGCUUGGGGCUGCUGGCUGGCCUGGUCCUCUUGUACCAACGCCGCCGGGGCAAGGCCCUAGAAGAACGGGCCAAUGACAUCAAGGAGGAUGCAGUUGCUCCCCGGACCCUGCCCUGGCCCAAAGGCUCAGACACAAUCUCCAAGAAUGGGACCCUUUCUUCUGUCACCUCGGCUCGAGCCCUCCGGCCACCCCAAGGCCCUCCCAGGCCUGGUGCAUUGACCCCCACAGCCAGCCUCUCCAGUCAAGUCCUACCUUCACCACGGCUGACCAGGACAGAUGGGGCCCACCCUCGACCAAUAUCCCCCAAUCCUGGGGGGGUUUCUUCCUCUGCUCUGAGCCGCAUGGGAGGAGUCCCCGUGAUGGUGCCUGCCCAGAGUCAGGCUGGGUCUCUGGUAUGACAGUCUAGUCACUCACUGGCUCAGACGUUGGGUUUCUCUCCUUCCUCUAGGGGUCACCCCUAGCACAGAGGCCUGAGUCUUGGGAGUGUGGCCACCUUCCAGACUUUGCUCCUCUGCUCUUACUGUUCUUUAUUAUGGGAAAACUGAAUUUCGGCCAAGACCCAAGUUUCCAGGAGGUAGAAAGAGAAGAGGGAGUGGACCUGGAAUUAGGAAGAGUCUUCCCCCUUCCCUAGGCCUCCCUAAGCCUGCAGCAAAUGUUGCUGAGGUUGGCUCCCCCUAGGGCCCUGGUGGGAACUGCCAGGCAAUGAGUCCUCCAGGCCCCCUCCAUCUGUACCUCACCCCUUCCUAACACCGUCCUUCACUCCCACUCCAGCUCCCCACACGAAUGUAACCUGUCCUGCUGGCUUGGUUGGGUUUUGUUGGGGUAGGGAAUAGGGGAGAUAUUUUUUAAACUAACUUGAAAUGUGUUUUGUUUUUAUUUUACAAAUUUCAAUAAACA